UGAGCCGCGGGGUGGAGUCGACACACGCGCGGAGGCUGGCCGAGGAGUCGGUGGAGGAGGUUUUGAAAUCGCCGUCGAGCAGCCCACACACAAACACCACAACAACAACGGUGAGAUCCCGGGUGCUGUUGCGCAACUCGCUCAGUGGACGAACAACAACAACAGCAGCUUCAACAACAACAACAACAGCAACAACCACAAGAACAUCAAAAGCCGGCCAUCGCCCAGCAACCCAUCCCACACGCCGUUGCUCGUGCACGUGUCCACGUGGAGAGCGUUCGUAAAUCCACUGCUGGAUAAAGUGCCCCCUCCACACGCCGGGCUAUUUGACGCCUCGUGCUGCUGACACCUCCCUGGUGGACUCAUCAUCUUCACCCUGGUGGACUCGUCAUCUUCACCCUGGUGGACUCGUCAUCUUCACCCUGGUGGACUCAUCAUCUUCACCCUGGUGGACUCAUCAUCUUCACCCUGGUGGACUCAUCAUCUUCACCCUGGUGGACUCAUCAUCUUCACCCAGGCGGCUUCGCGGAGGAGCGAUGGAGUGGGAUUGAACUCUCCGCUCCCCUGUGAGCUACAUACAACUCCCAAGAGCUGUGUGUUUGAACGGUGGUGGUGGUGACUGGUGGGGUGGGGUUAAUGCAAUGUGGCAACGUCCCUCGACAUGAUCGCUGGACAGUUGGACACGAGGAGGAUGGAAAACGAUGUGGUGAUUGCGGUGGUGGAGAUGGAGUUGCAGCCGAAGUAAAAGGCUCCGACCUGCGCCAGCGACCGGUGGCCUCGCGCACGAGAUCCCGACCGGAACGACGACGACCGGGCGAGGGUUGAGCGGACGACGCACUCGCUUCCCAACUCGUCGGGGGCACCGGGGUCACAGGGGGACCAGCGGCAGGGUCGGACAGCAUGCGCCCGCGCCACCACCUCCGCCACCACCUCCGCCACCACCGCCACCACCACCACGAGGACGACCGCCUCCACCGCAGGGAACCCGAGCGCCCGGCGCUGCCGCCGACCCCGUCGCCGUCGUCGACGGCGUCGGCGACGACGACGGCGGCGGGAGAGGGCGCGGCGGAGGCCACGAUCGGCGCUCGCUAGCGAGGGUCGGUGGGAGGCGUGGGGGGGGGCGGGGGGGGGGCGCCAAGCAUGCUUGCGCUGCCCCACGACGAGACGGCGGCCGAGACGUUCCACGUGGUGUACAUCGCGCUGGAGCUCGUGCUGGCUCUGCUCGCCAUCGGCGGCAACGUGCUGGUGUGCUGGGCCGUGCGGCUGAACCGCGCGCUGCGCAACCCCACCAACUAUUUCCUGCUGUCGCUGGCGGCCGCCGACAUCGCGGUAGGGCUGCUCGCCAUCCCGUUCGCCGUCACCAUCAGCGCGGGCUUCGCGUGCCACUUCCACGGCUGCCUCUUCCUCGCCUGCUUCGUCCUCGUGCUCACGCAGAGCUCCAUCUUCAGCCUCCUCGCCAUCGCCAUCGACCGCUACAUCGCCAUCCGCCAGCCGCUGCGGUACAACGCGCUGGUGACAAGCAAGCGAGCGCGCGGCGUCAUCGCCGUGUGCUGGCUGCUGUCCUUCGUCAUCGGGCUCACUCCGCUGCUGGGCUGGAACAACUGGGACGAGCUGCACGAGUGCGGCAGCGACGGAAGAACGCCGGACGCCACGAAGUGCCGUAACGGCACGCAAGUGCAGUGCCUGUUUGAGAACGUGGUGAACACCGACUACAUGGUGUACUUCAACUUUUUCGGCUGCGUGCUCGUUCCGCUGCUGGUGAUGCUCGCCGUGUACGCGCGCAUCUUCCUGGUGGCGCGAACGCAGCUGCAGCUCAUCGAGAAGGCCGGCAGCAAGGCCCCCGGCGGCGACCGCCGGCGCAACCUCCUGCAGCGCGAGGUGCACGCGGCCAAGUCGCUGGCCUUCAUCAUGGGGAUGUUCGCGCUCUGCUGGCUGCCGCUGCACGCCCUCAACUGCGUCCACCGCUUCUGCCCCGACUGCGUGCGCCCGCCCUGGGCCAUGUACGGCGCCAUCCUGCUCUCGCACGGCAACUCCGUCGUCAACCCCGUCAUCUACGCCUUCCGCCUGCGCGAGUUCCGCGCCACCUUCCGCCGGAUCCUGUCGCGCUGGGUGCUGCCGCCGGCGCUCCCGUGCGGGCGCCGGCGCCGGCGCGGGAGCCGCGCCCGGCGCCGCCCGCACCGGAGCGAUUACGGCGACGGAGGAGGAGCGACGCCGGCCUCUCGGCGCCGGGGCAGCGCGCUCGACAGCGCCGGCACGAGCCCCUGCACGUCCGUCGUGUCGUGCUCGGCGUCCUACGUCAAGAACGGCGGCGCCGGGACGCCCGCCGCCCGCGCCUCCGCCUCCGCCGUGACGCUGGCGCCCGACGGCGCCAUCGGCGGCGCCGACGGCGUCGCCGAUGGCGCCGACGACGCCGUCGUCGUCAGCGUGUGCAGCGACGAGCAGGAGGCGUGCACGGUGACGGUGUCGGGACGCCCGCGGGACGGCGGCUCGCUGAGCCCGCCCGGAAGGAGCCGGGGGGGCGGCGCCGGGGCGGCGGCGAGUUUGGCGACGCCGCGGCAGAACGGAUUUGUGGAGGAAGGGGAGCGCGGCACCCAGCUGCCCAACUCGUGA